AACACACACACACAAUACACACACAUACUCAAAAAGAAUGGCACAAAUGAAUCUCUCAUUGUUGGUCCUCUUUUUUACCUUUUUAGGUUUUUUGGGCACCAUCGAAUCACGUUCACGUGCAAGGUCGUAUCUUGAGGCACAGUGUCGAUCAACUUUAUACUCGGAUCUUUGUGUUAGAACCCUGCUACCAUAUACCAGCAAAAGAGUAGUACCAAGCCCACAAAAAAUAGCUCAAGUUUCACUAGCCACAUGUCUAUCCAAAGCUCGAGUCACGAAGGCUUAUGUGGAUGUGAUAGCAGAACAAUUCAAGAAAACGAAGAAUCUCGGAGAGUACCAUGCCGUGAAAGACUGUUUGCAGCAAAUCAACAACGGAGUCAACCAAAUUACUCAAUCUGUCAAGGAAUUACGACAAAUGGGGACGGAUGGGGAGGAGAAGUUUGUGUGGCAUGAGAGUAACGUGCAAAGUUGGGUCAGUGCUGCCCUGACGGACACCACAACAUGUAUUGACGGAAUUUUGGGGGAUGAGAUUGGGAGUAGGGAGAAACGUAUGAUUAAAGCAAGGUUUUUGAACGUGAAACAACUCGCUAGCAAUUCUCUAGCGUUGUUCAAUCGUUUUACAGCAAAGCAUCGUGCUUCUCGAGCCGUCAGGAAUCCUUAGAUUUCGUUAUUAACCGUAGGCUCUUACGUAUAUAAUUAAAAUUGAAAUAUGUU